UCAUAUCACAAGUUUGAGGUUCCGACGGAGUCAUGAAGUCCGAGUGGAUUUUGUCGUGUUCGCUUCCGCUCGCGGCGGCGCUGCUGCUGCUGCGCGUCCGGGCGGCUCCGGACUGCGGGCCGUGCGACCCGGCCGGCUGCGCGACUCCGCCGUCUACGGGCUGCGCCGCCGGUUCGGUUCUGGACGCGUGCGGCUGCUGCGCGCUGUGCCUCGCGGCGGAGGGUGAACGCUGCAGAGGCGGCAGAAGCGCCGGCGCGCAACGCUGCGGAUCGGGCCUGGAGUGCGUGCGGGCGGACAAAAAGAGCAAGGUAGGCGUGUGCGCGUGCAAGAGCCAGGAUCAAGUGUGCGGCACCGACGGAGUCACCUACGCGCACGUCUGCGCCCUCAACAGCGCCGACGCGCGCGCGCGACGAGAAGGUCGAGCGGAAAUCGGCGUGCGCAACAAAGGAAGAUGCGCGGCAGCUCCCCUCAUCGUUUCGCCUCCCGCACGCGUCUUCAACGUCAGCGGCGCUCAGGUUUUCCUCAGCUGCGAGGCUGUCGGCGUGCCCACACCCGUGCUCACCUGGCGGAAGGUGAUUGGCGGCAGGAAGAAAUUUGCUCUUCUUCCCGGGGACAGAGACAACCUGGCCGUCCAGACCAGAGGCGGACCCGAGAAACAUCAAGUGACCGGCUGGGUUCUGAUCUCUCCGCUUACAAAAGAUGAAGCGGGCUCCUACGAGUGCCACGCCGCCAACGCCAAAGGCGACGUGUCAGCAGUCGGCGAAAUUCGCCUGGUGACCGACAUCCAGGACGUCAAGGUGGAGGCCGUCGAUGACGUCGCAGUCGCCGACGACGUUCCAGCCGAGGAAGCGACGAAGGACGGAGAGCUGUGAGCCGCCGGUCGUCCGCCACGGGGAAGACCCGCGCUGACAUUUUAUAUCCAAAGCGUGCUCAGGCCUAUCGCUUCCUUUCCAACUCGCGGGAAAUACAGUACUCGUUUUGC